CUGUUUGUUUCGUUGUUGCAGACGGCAUUCCCAACAUUACCCGAUGACUGAUGUGUGACUGAUAUGCGACCCGUCUUGCAAGAAAGGUGUCAUGGAUGCGGACCGGGUGUGGGCGCUCCUCUGUAUAUUAUUUUGCUGCCUAUCCAUUGUUAAAGCCUACGACCCAUUCCACUAUGAUCCGAAUGAUCCCUGUUUCAGAAGAUGUACACGAUACUACGCACCGGUCUGUGGUUCCGAUGGGGAAACUUACUACAGCAUAUGCGUUUUGUUCUCCAUAAAAUGCCACAGAAAAGAUCCUAACCUGACUAUUGCUUACCAGGGAAGAUGUAGAAUACGACAUCCCGUAGUACUACCGGUAGAAGAAUGCCCAAGAGAGUGUCCUGACAUAGUAUCCCCUGUCUGCGGCAGUGAUGGAAGAAGUUAUGACAACCCAUGCUUACUGGAAGCUAUGGCAUGUGAAUCAAGAAACCCGUCUUUAGUUAAAAUUGAUACUGGAUAUUGUGAUCAAGAAGGUUUGGCGGGAAGAUGUUCUCUGGAUUACCAAGGAAAAUACAGACCAGUAUGUGGGCGAGAUGGUAAAACGUAUGUCAACCAAGGUAUAUUACAGAUCACAGCCUGCAUAGAAAACGAUCCAAAUCUUGCAUCUCCGAUACAUAAAGGGGAAUGUGAAUUCAAAGGGAGGCGGAAGAGAAGGAAAUGUCGGAAACAUUCAUGUGAUAUGACUUACGAUCCCGUGUGCGGGAUGGACGGAAAGACAUAUUUCAACAAAUGCUUCAUGGACUACUUUGCUUGCAGGAGAGACAUUCGGAACAUGAGGCUUCUUUACCCUGGUGUCUGCAGACAAGAAGUCGUUGUAUUGCGGACCAAACCAACACGAGACCCUAUUCUAACAACACCCGAUGGAAGUCGAGUAACAGAUCCGAUUCCAGAUCGCAAGACUACACCACGGAUGAUCGCAGCCACUAAGACUACUCCAAAAUCUGAAUUUACACAGACCAUUCUAUCAGAAGCACUAACUACCCCGAGCACAGAAAAGAAAACAACCACUGCAGCAGAAAUAGAGAAGUCUACAACAUUAUCAGUAGAAACAUCACAAACAACUGAAAGAGAAAAAAUUACGACAUUGGAAACUUUCCCUUCAACAAAACAACCGGCGUCUACACCAACAAGAUUGGCUGACGAUACAACAAUAACACCAACAGAAGCAGAAGAAACUUCAUCACCAGCAUCUACUCCAUCACCUACACAUUCCACACUAACAAUAUUGACCGAAGAUAUAACCACAGCAACAGAAGCUGAAGAAACUUCAUCACCAGCAUCCACUCCAUCAACAACACAGUCUACGCCAAAAACAUUAGCUGAAAAUACCACAACCCCAACAGAACCGGAAGAAACUUCAUCGCCGCCAUCCACUCCAUCAACUACACAGUCUACCCCAACGAUAUUGAGUGAAGAUACAUCAACACCAACAGAAGCAGAAGAAACUUCAUCGCCGCCAUCCACUCAAUCAACUACACAGUCUACACUAAAAACAUUGACUGAAGAUGCCACAACACCAACAGAACCAGAAGAAACUUCAUCGCCGGCGUCUACGCAAUCAACUACACAGUCUACACCAAAGACAUUAACAGAAGAUGCCACAACCCCAACAGAACCGAAAGAAACUUCAACGCCAGCAUCUACUCCAUCAACUACACAGUCUACACCAAAAACAUUAACUGAAGAUGCCACAACACCAACAAAACUGGAAGAAACUUCAUCACCGGCGUCUACGCAAUCAACUACACAGUCUACACCAAAGACAUCAUCUGAAGAUGCCACAACCCCAACAGAAGAAACUUCAUUGCCGGCAUCUACUCCAUCAACUACACAGUCUACACCAAAAACAUUGACUGAAGAUGCCACAACCCCAAAAGAACCGGCAGAAACUUCAUUGCCGGCAUCUACUCCAUCAACUAAACAGUCUACCCCACAGACGUUGACUGAAGAUACAACCACACCAACAGAACCGGAAGAAACUUCAUCGCUGGCAUCUACGCCAUCAACUACACAGUCUACACCAAAAACAUUGACCGAAGAGGCCACAACACCAACAGAACCGGAAGAAACUUCAUCGCCGGCUUCUACGCCAUCAACUCCACACUCUACACAAAAACCAUUAACUGAAGAUGCCACAACACUCACAGAACCGGAAGAAACUUCAUCGCCGGCAUCUACGCCAUCAACUACACAGUCUACUGCAAAAACAUUGACUGAAGAGGCCACAACACCAACAACACCGGAAGAAACUUCAUCGCUGGCAUCUACGCCAUCAACUACACAGUCUACACCAAAAACAUUGACUGAAGAUGCCACAACACCAACAGAACCGGAAGAAACUUCAUUGCCGGCAUCUACGCCAUCAACUACACAGUCUACAUCAAAAACAUUGACUGAAGAUGCCACAACACCAACAGAACCGGCAGAAACUUCAAUGCCGGCAUCUACUCAAUCAACUACACAGUCUACACCAAAAACAUUGACUGAAGAUGCCACAACACCAACAGAACCAGAAGAAACUUCAUCGCCGGCUUCUACGCCAUCAACUACACAGUCUACACCAAGAACAUUGACUGAAGAUGCCACAGCACCAACAGAACCGGAAGAAACUUCAUCGCCGGCAUCUACGCCAUCAACUCCACAGUCUACACCAAAAACAUUGACUGAAGAUGCCACAACACCAACAGAACAGGAAGAAACUUCAUCGACGGCAUCUACUCCAUCAACUACACAGUCUACCCCAAAAACAUUGACUGAAGAUGCCACAACCCCAGUAGAACCGGAAGAAACUUCAUCGCCGGCAUCUACUCCAUCAACUACACAGUCUACACCAAGAACAUUGACUGAAGAUGCCACAACACCAACAGAACUGGAAGAAACUUCAUCGCCGGCAUCUACGCCAUCAACUCCACAGUCUACACCAAAAACAUUAACUGAAGAUGCCACAACACCAACAGAACCGGAAGAAACUUCAUCGCCGGCAUCUUCGCCAUCAACUACACAGUCUACACCAAAAACAUUGACUGGAGAUGCCACAACACCAACAGAACCGGAAGAAACUUCAUUGCCGGCAUCUACGCCAUCAACUACACAGUCUACACCAAAAACAUUGACUGAAGAUGCCACAACCCCAACAGAACCGAAAGAAAUUUCAUUGCCGGCAUCUACUCCAUCCACUACACAGUCUACACCUAAAACAUUGACUGAAGAUGCCACAACCCCAGUAGAACCGGAAGAAACUUCAUUGCCGGCAUCUACUCCAUCAACUACAAAGUCUACACCAAAAACAUUGACUGAAGAUGCCACCACACCAAGAGAACCGAAAGAAACUUCAUUGCCGGCAUCUACACCAUCAACUCCACAUUCUACACCAAAAACAUUAACUGAAGAUGCCACAACACCAACAGAUCCGGAAGAAACUUCAUUGCCGGCAUCUUCGCCAUCAACUACACAGUCUACACCAAAAACAUUGACUGAAGAUGCCACAACACCAACAGAACCGGAAGAAACUUCAUCGCCGGCAUCUACUCCAUCAACUACACAGUCUACACCAAAAACAUUGACUGAAGAUCCCACAACACCAACAGAACAGGAAGAAACUUCAUCACCGGUAUCUACUCCAUCAACUACACAGUCUACCCCCAAAACAUUGACUGAAGAUGCCACAACCCCAGUAGAACCGGAAGAAACUCCAUUGCCGGCAUCUACUCCAUCAACUACACAGUCUACACCACAAACAUUGACUGAAGAUGCCACAACCCCAACAGAACCGAAAGAAAUUUCAUUGCCGGCAUCUACUCCAUCAACUACACAGUCUACACCUAAAACUUUGAUUGAAGAUGCCACAACACCAGCAGAACAAGAAGAAACUUCAGCGCCGGCAUCUACGCCAUCAACUACACAGUCUACUGCAAAAACAUUGACUGAAGAGGCCACAACACCAACAGAACCGAAAGAAACUUCAUUGCCGGCAUCUACUCCAUCAACUACACAGUCUACACCAAAAACAUUGACUAAAGAUGCCACAACACCAACAGAACAGGAAGAAACUUCAUCGCCGGCAUCUACUCCAUCAACUACACAGUCUACACCAAAAACUAUAACUAGAGAUGCCACAACUCCAACAGAAACGGAAGAAACUUCAUUGCCGGCAUCUACACCAUCAACUACACAGUCUACACCAAAAACUAUAACUAGAGAUGCCACAACCCCAACAGAAACGGAAGAAACUUCAUUGCCGGCAUCAACUCCAUCAACUCCACAGUCUACACCAAAAACAUUGACUGAAGAUGCCACAACACCAACAGAACAGAUAGAAACUUCAUCGACGGCAUCUACGCCAUCAACUACACAGUCUACACCAAAAACAUUGACUGAAGAUGCCACAACACCAACAGAACCGGAAGAAACUUCAUUGCCGGUAUCUACUCCAUCAACUACACAGUCUACACCAAAAACAUUGACUGAAGAUACCACGACACCAAAAGAACCGGAAGAAACUUCAUUGUCGGCAUCUACUCCAUCAACUACACAGUCUACACCAAAAACUUUAACUGAAGAUGCCACAAAACCAAUAGAACCGGAAGAAACUUCAUCGCCGGCAUCCACGCCAUCAACUACACAGUCUACACCAAAAACAUUAACUGAAGAUGCUGUUUCAAAAACAUCCACUGUAGCACCUCUUUCAUCAACAUCAUUGACUGAAGACGCAACGUCACCAACAGAAGCAGACGAAAGUCAUUCGGCGUCGACAGAUAUGGUCGAGGUUGUGACAGAAUUGCCAAUGGAAGACAUCACUUCUCGUAAAUUCCCGGGUCAAAUCAUACAAAAUGAAACGAUCGAUCUGCAACCAACCGAUCAGAUGAUUACAGACUAUUAUACAGUAUUCACUGCGGGCACAGAGCAAACAACUAUAGAUUCGAAGUUUGAGUUGACUACUGAGGGUAGUGGUACAAUGAUUCCAACUACUCCUUCUGAAGUCAACGAUACAAAAGUUACAACAGAAAUGUCAAGUUUUCUAAGUACUUAUUUCACCUUUGAGACUAGGAUCCCAGGAAGAACUACUACCGAAAAAACUAGUAUAGAAAUAAGUACAGAAGAAAGUGCACCAUCUUCUCCAUCGAUUGAUAUUUUUUCAACAACAAUAAAACUGCCUGGAGAAAAUGCAACGCUGCUACCUACAGUUGAGAGUACUUCUGCCGAAACUAAAUUGUUAACAACUCGAUUGCCAUCUACCACUAAAUCGGAUGAUAGCGAUGAAAUCACAACAUUGGAAACUACAUUUUUAACUGUGGAAGAUUCAGCAACCACUACACCCAAGACGGGAGAAACAUCAUUGGUUUCAGACUUAACUACUGCAAAGUCUCCAGAACAGAUUCAACAAAAUUAUACUAAAACGACAGAAAUGACAGGGACAGUUUAUACUACGAAAAUCGUAUCACUAUCAGGGACAGUAACCACAUAUUUUACUCCACCAGCACUAAGUACCGAAGGAAGCGGUGAAGUAACCGUAGACGGACAAACUACUACUGUCACAGUAGAACCUACAAGUGAUAAAAUAUCAACGGGAACUGAUAUGAGAAAAGAAACGGGUGAACCCAGUUCAUUGGCCACUACUUCGCAUACUGUGCAGACAGGGAUAAGUGUAAAUGCAACAGAGCAGUCAUUCCUUCAAACGACGCUGGAUACAGAGCCUACUAAAUAUACGGAGCAACCAACUGAAGGAGCAACGUUAUUUGACGCAAGCACUGACGGCAGCGGCACAAUUACUCCUUUCAGAAGCACUGAUCCGUCAUACACAGCGACUAGUAUUGAAUCUAUAUCUUCAAAACUUACAACAGAAGAACCUGGCUUCUUGAUUACUGAUUCAGUUACAGAGAUGGGAGAUCAAGAAACAACAGCAGAAGGCAGUGCUACACCAUCUCCAUCAACAAUUGAAAUAAUUUCAACAGUAGUACUUACAUCAGUGCAAGAUGAAGCAACGCAAGUUCCAACAGCUGAAAUCACGUCGAUGAGAAAAACAGAUCAAACGACGGAUUAUUCAUCAACUUCUGCACUGAGCGAGGAAACGUCAUUACAGACGGACAUGAUAACAGCAAAGUCACCAGGAAUGCUUCAGGAAAAUAAGACUUAUGCAACUACAGAAACCCCAUACACCAUUUAUUCUACAGAAACCAUCACAGUAACAGAUAUACCAACAACAGAGAGUCAACCACCAGCUUUAACUACUGAAGGAAGUGGAGAAAUUACAACAAUGGAAGGACUAACCUCCAUCGUAACUGUAGAAUCAACAGGAGGCACAUCAAUAUCUCAAACAGGUGGUCAUAUGAAGGUUGAAACUGUUGAACCGAGCUUUUUAAGCACUGUCUCUUCGACCUCUCUACAAACGGAAUUAGGGAAAACUGAAACAGAUCAAUUUCUUCUUGAAACGACACCGGAUGGAAGUGGUUUAUUAUCUUCCCCAACAACUAUUAAUAUUGUGCCUUCAUCGCAAUCAUUGUAUACCUCAGAUACCAAAACAAAUGUAGUGUCAACUACAGCCGAUAGACUGACAACAUCACAAGAGUUGGAUGUCACUAGUCGUAAAUUGCCUGAUCCUAUUGUUUUGCUCAAUGAGACGAGCGUCACUCCAACUGUUGAUCACACAGAGCGUACUGAAUACACUGAGCAACCAAGUGAAGUAACUUUACUUGACAUGAGCACUGAUGGAAGCGGCACAAUUAGUCUCUUACUAAGUACUACCCCGUCAUAUCCAGAUACUGGUGUUGAGUCUACGUCUUCAAAAGUUACGACAGACGAAUCAAGCUUCUUGAUAACUAGCUCAGUAACAGCGACCACCGCCCCAGAAACAACAGAAGGCAGUGCGACACCGUCUUUAUCAACAAUAGAAACAAUAUCUACAGUCCAAACAACGCAAGUUCCAACAGCUAAAUUUACGUCGAUGGGAAAAAUAGAUCAAACGACGAAAUAUUCAUCACCUUCUAUGCUUAAUACGGAAGUGUCAUUACAGACGGACAUGUCAACAACAAAGUCACCACAAAUGAUUCAGCAAAAUAAGACAGUUGCAACUACAGAAGCUCCACCGUUCAGUUAUUCUACAGAAACCAUCACAGUAACAGAUGGACCAACAACAGAGAGUACACCACCAGCCUCAACUACUGAAGGAAGUGGAGAAAUUACAACCUUGGAAGGACUAACUGUUAUUGCUACUGUAGAAUCAACUGGAGGCACAUCAAUAUCUUCAACUGGAGGUGAUAUGAAAAUGAAAACUGAUGAAUCGGGUUUCUUAAGCACAAUCUCUAUUACUUUGCAAUCAGAAUUGAGUAAAGCCCAAACAGAUCAAUUUCAAAUUGAAACGACAGCUGAUGGAAGUGGCUUAUCAAAAUCUCUUACGACUGUUGAGAGUCUUCCUCCAAAAUCUACAUUAUCUACUAUACAAUCCGAAAUGGAUUUAGCAUCAACAACAAAUAAGAUUUUUGGAACAUCACCAGAGUUGGAUGCCACUACUCAUGAAUCACCGGAACUUAUUGUACUGAAUGAGACGAGAGUCACCCAAACUGUUGAUCAUACAGAGCUUACUAAAUACACGGAGCAAACAACUGAAAGCACAACGUUAAUUGACAUGAGCACUGAUGGAAGUGGCACUGCCCCGUCAUACACAGCGACUAGUGUUGGAUCUAUAUCUUCAAAACUUACAACAGAAGAACCUGGCUUCUUGAUUACUGAUUCAGUUACAGAGACGGGAGAUGAAGAAACAACAGCAGAAGGCAGUGCUGCACCAUCUUCGUCAACAAUUGAAAUAAUUUCUACAGUGAUACCAACAUCAGUCCUAGGUGAAACAACCCGAGUUCCAACAUCUGAAGUAACGUCGGUGAGGAAAACAGAUCAAACAACGGAUUAUUCAUCAACUACUGCACUAAGGGAGGAAACGUCAUUGGAGAUGAACAUGACAACAGCAAUGUCACCAGAAAUGAUUCAGCAAAAUGUAACCCGUGGAACUAUGGAGACUCCAUCGAUUAUUCUUUCUACAGAAACAAUUACAGUAACAGGUAGACAGACAACAGAAAGUCCCCCACCGGCCCAAACCACCGAAGGAAGUGGAGAAUUUACCACAUUGGAAGGACUCAUAUCCAAUGUCUCUGUCGAAUCAACAGGAAGCACAUCAGUGUCUCCAACAAAGGGUGAAAUGAAAGUAGAAACCGAUGAACCUGGCUUUUUAAGCACCGUCUCCCCGACUACUUUACAAACGGAAUUGAGUAUAGACGAAACGGAUCAAUAUCAUCUGGAAACGACACCGUAUGGAAGUGGCUUAUCAUCAUCCCCAAGAACCGUUGAAAUUGUACCUUCCUCGACAGCAUUCUCUACCUUAGAGACCAAAAUCGAUUUACUCUCAACUGUAGCUGAUGGAUUGACAGCAUCCACUAAACGUAAAUCACCUGAACCCAUUAUACAGAAUGGGACAAGUGCAACUCACACAGUUCAUCAAUACACGGAGCAAACAAGUGAAGGAACAACGUUACUUGACAUGAGCACUGACGGAAGGGGCACUGCCCCGUCAUACACAUUGACUAGUGUUGAAUCUAAAUCUUCAAAACUUACAACAGAAGAAUCUGGCUUCUUGAUUAAUGAUUCAGUUACAGAGACGGGAGAUCAAGAAACAACAGCAGAAGGCAGUGCUGCACCAUCUUCGUCAACAAUUGAAAUAAUUUCUACAGUGAUACCACCAACAUCAGUCCAAGGCGAAACAACCCGAGCUCCAACAUCUGAAGUAACGUCGCUGAGAAAAACAGAUCAAACGACGGAUUAUUCAUCAACUACUGCACUAAGCGAGGAAACGUCAUUUGAGAUGAACAUGACAACAGCAAUGUCACCAGAAACGAUUCAGCAAAAUGUAACCCGUGGAACUAUGGAGACUCCAUCGAUUAUUCUUUCUACAGAGACAAUUACAGUAACAGGUAGACAGACAACAGAAACUCCCCCACCGACCCAAACCACCGAAGGAAGUGGAGAAUUUACCACAUUGGAAGGACUCAUAUCCAAUGUCUCUGUCGAAUCAACAAGAAGCACAUCAGUGUCUCCAACAAAGGGUGAAAUGAAAGUAGAAACCGAUGAACCUGGCUUUUUAAGCACCGUCUCUUCGACUACUUUACAAACGGAAUUGAGUAUAGACGAAACGGAUCAAUAUCAUCUGGAAACGACACCGUAUGGAAGUGGCUUAUCAUCAUCCCCAAGAACCGUUGACAUUGUGCCUUCCUCGACAGCAUUCUCUACCUUAGAGACCAAAAUUGAUUUACUCUCAACUGCAGCUGAUGGUUUGACAACAUCCACUAAACGUAAACCACCUGAACCCAUUGUACAGAAUGGGACAAGUGCAACUCCAACAGUUCAUCAUCCAGAUCUUACUAAAUACACGGAGCAACCAAGUGAAGGAACAACGUUACUUGACAUGAGCACUGACGGAAGUGGCACUGCCCCGUCAUACACAGCGACUAGUGUUGAAUCUAAAUCUUCAAAACUUACAACAGAAGAACCUGGCUUCUUGAUUACUGAUUCAGUUACAGAGACGGGAGAUCCAGAAACAGCAGCAGAAGGCAGUGCUGCACCAUCUUCGUCAACAAUUGAAAUAAUUUCUACAGUGAUACCAACAUCAGUCCAAGGUGAAACAACCCGAGUUCCAACAACUGAAGUAACGUCGGUGAGAAAAACAGAUCAAACAACGGAUUAUUCAUCAACUACUGCACUAAGCGAGGAAAGGUCAUUGGAGAUGAACAUGACAACAGCAAUGUCACCAGAAACGAUUCAGCAAAAUGUAACCCGUGGAACUAUGGAGACUCCAUCGAUUAUUCUUUCUACAGAGACAAUUACAGUAACAGGUAGACAGACAACAGAAAGUCCCCCACCGACCCAAACCACCGAAGGAAGUGGAGAAUUUACCACAUUGGAAGGACUCAUAUCCAAUGUCUCUGUCGAAUCAACAGGAAGCACAUCAGUGUCUCCAACAAAGGGUGAAAUGAAAGUAGAAACCGAUGAACCUGGCUUUUUUAGCACCGUCUCCUCGACUACUUUACAAACGGAAUUGAGUAUAGACGAAACGGAUCAAUAUCAUCUGGAAACGACACCGUAUGGAAGUGGCUUAUCAUCAUCCCCAAGAACCGUUGACAUUGUGCCUUCCUCGACAGCAUUCUCUACCUUAGAGACCAAAAUUGAUUUACUCUCAACUGCAGCUGAUGGUUUGACAACAUCCACUAAACGUAAACCACCUGAACCCAUUGUACAGAAUGGGACAAGUGCAACUCCAACAGUUCAUCAUCCAGAUCUUACUAAAUACAUGGAGCAACCAAGUGAAGGAACAACGUUACUUGACAUGAGCACUGAUGGAAGUGGCACUGCCCCGUCAUACACAGCGACUAGUGUUGAAUCUAAAUCUUCAAAACUUACAACAGAAGAACCUGGCUUCUUGAUUACUGAUUCAGUUACAGAGACGGGAGAUCCAGAAACAACAGCAGAAGGCAGUGCUGCAUCAUCUUCGUCAACAAUUGAAAUAAUUUCUACAGUGAUACCAACAUCAGUCCAAGGCGAAACAACCCGAGUUCCAACAUCUGAAGUAACGUCGGUGAGAAAAACAGAUCAAACAACGGAUUAUUCAUCAACUACUGCACUAAGCGAGGAAAGGUCAUUGGAGAUGAACAUGACAACAGCAAUGUCACCAGAAACGAUUCAGCAAAAUGUAACCCGUGGAACUAUGGAGACUCCAUCGAUUAUUCUUUCUACAGAGACAAUUACAGUAACAGGUAGUCAGACAACAGAAACUCCCCAACCGGCCCAAACCACCGAAGGAAGUGGAGAAUUUACCACAUUGGAAGGACUAAUAUCCAAUGUCUCUGUCGAAUCAACAGGAAGCACAUCAGUGUCUCCAACAAAGGGUGAUAUGAAAGUAGAAACCGAUGAACCUGACUUUUUAAGCACCGUCUCCUCGACUACUUUACAAACGGAAUUGAGUAUAGACGAAACGGAUCAAUAUCAUCUGGAAACGACAUCGUAUGGGAGUGGAUUAUCAUUAUCCCCAACAACCGUUAAAACUAUGCCUUCCUCGCCAGCAUUCUCUACCUUAGAGACCAAAAUCGAUUUACUCUCAACUGCAGCUGAUGGAUUGACAGCAUCCACUAAACGUAAAUCACCUGAACCCAUUAUACAGAAUGGGACAAGUGCAACUCACACAGUUCAUCAAUACACGGAGCAAACAAGUGAAGGAACAACGUUACUUGACAUGAGCACUGACGGAAGCGGCAGUGCUCCUUUCAGUAGUACAACGCCAUCGUAUACAGCAGCUGGUAUGGAAUCUACAAUUUCAAGUGUUACAAAAGACAAGCCGAGCUUUUUGAUAAAUGGUUCAGUUACAGCAACCACCGACCGAGAAACAACGCCAGAAGGGAGUGCGGCUUCAUCUUUAUCAACAAUUGAAAUAAUUUCAACAGUAUUACCAACAUCAAUCCAAGAUGAAUCAACGAAAGUUCCAACAUCAAUGAGAAAAACAGAUCAAACGACGGAAUAUUCAUCAAGUACUCCAUUAAGUGAGGAAACACCAUUGGAGAUGAACAUGACAACAUCAAAGUCACCGGAAAUGUUUCAGCAAAAUGAGACAAUUGUAACUUCAGAAACUCUAUCGACCAUACCUUCUACAGAAACCAUCACAUUACCAGAUAAACCAACGACACAAAGUACACCACUGGCCUUGACUACUGAAGGAAGUGGAGAAAUAACAACAAUGGAAGGACUAACCUCCGUUGUAGCUGUAGAAUCAACGGGAGGCACAUCAAUAUCUCCAACAAAGGGUGAUAUGAAAGUGGAAACUGAUAAACCGGUCCUCUUAAGCACGAUCUCCUCUAGUAAUCUGCAAAAAGAAUUGAGUAAAAACGUAACGGAUGAAUUUUAUGGUGAAACGACACCGGACGGUAGUGGCUUAUCGUCUUCCCCUUCAACUGUUGAAAUUCUUCCUUCAAAAUCUACAUCAUCUACAAUACAGACCGAAAUGUAUUCAGCAUCAACGACAACUGAUGGUUUGAUAACAUCACCGGAGUUGGACGGCACUACUCGUAAAUCACCAGAACUUAUUGUACUGAAUGAGACGAGUGUUACUCCCACUGUUGAUAAUACAGAGUUUACUAAAUACACGGAGCAACCAACUGAAGAAACAACGUUACUUGACAUGAGCACUGACGGAAGUGGCACAAUUGCUCCUUCAAUGGUAACUGCCCCGUCAUACACAACGAAUGGUGAUGAAUCUACAUCUUCAAAAUUUACGACAGAAAAACCUAGCUUCUUGAUUACCCACUUAGUUACAAAGACUGAAGACCCAGGUACAACAUCAGAAGGCAGUGCUGCACCGUCUUCGUCAACAAUUGAAAUAACUUCUAUAGUGUUACCAACAACAGUUGGAGAUGAAACCCUAGCUACAACAGCUGAAAUAACGUCGAUGAGAAAAACAGACCAAAUGACGAAAUAUCCAUCAACUACACUAAGUGAGGGAACGUCGUUGGAGAUGAACAUGACAACAGCAAAGUCACCAGAAAUGAUUCAGGAAAAUGUAACCAGAGCAGCUAUGGAAACUCCAUCGAUCAUUUAUCCUACAGAAACAAUUACAGUAGCAGGUACACAAACAACUGAAAGUGCACCACCGGCCCAAACCACCGAAGGAAGUGGAGAAUUUACCACAUUGGAAGGACUAUCUACUAUUGUUACUGCAGAACCAAGAGGAGGCACAUCAGUAUCUCCAACAAAGGGUGAAAUGAAAGUAGAAACUGAUGAACCGGGCUUUUUAAGCACCGUCUCCUCGACUACUUUACAAAAGGAAUUAGGUAAAACUGAAAAAGAUCAAUUUCAUUUUGAAACGACACCGGAUGGAAGUGGAUUAUCAUUUUCCCCAACAACUAUUGAUAUUGUGCCUUCAUCGCAAGCAUUGUAUACCUCAGGGAACAAGACAAAUGUAGUGUCAACUACAGCCGAUAGACUAACAACAUCACAAGAGUUGGAUGCCACUAAUCGUAAGUCACCUGAACUUAUUGUUCUCAAUGACACGAGCGUUACUCCAACUUUUGAUCACACAGAGCCCACUAAAUACACGGAGAAACCAACGGAAGAAACAACUUUACUUAACAUGAGCACUGAGGGAAGCGGUACGAUUGAUCCCCCAAGGGGAACUGCGACGUUAUACACAGACACAGUUGCUGAAUCUACGUCUUCAAAAGUUACAACAGACCAACCAAGCUUUUUGAUAACUGGUUCAGUCACAGCGACCAUCGACCCAGUUACUUCCAUAGAAAAAAUAUUAACUGGAGAUCAUGCGGAUUUGACUAAAUACACUGAACAUCCAACUGAAGAAACAACGUUCUUUGAAGUGAUCACUGAUGGAAGUGGCUCAACGACUUCUUCUAGAAUUACCACUCUGUCAUACACAACCGCAGAUGUAGAUGGUACACCUGAAGAAACAACAACGACAGAAGGCGGUGCUGCAUCCUCUUCUCCAAUAAUUGAAGAAGUAUCCACAUUGUUGUCAACAUCAAUUCAAGGUCAAACAACCAAAGUUCCAACAAAAGAAAUCACGACGUUGAGGAAAAUUAAUCAAACGACAAAAUAUUCAUCAACUAUUGCACCUAGUGAGGAUACGCUGUUGGUGGUAAACAUGACAACAGCUAAGUCACCAGAACUGAUUCGACGAAAUGAGACCAGUGGAACCCCAAGAACAACAUCAACUCUUUAUUCUAAAGAGACCACCGGGGUGACAGGGACACCGAAUAUGAGUGUUACUCAACAAGCUUUGAUCUCUGAAGGGAGUGGCGAAUUGAAAACAGUGGACGGACAAACCGUUGCAACUGAAUCUACAAGUGAAGGAACAUCAAUAUCACCAAUAGCGGCAGAUAUGAAAGAAGAAACAGAUGAACCUAACUUAUUUACAACUGUUACUUUGCCUACCAUUAGAACAGAAUCAAGUCCAAAUGUAUCAACACAAUUUGGACUGAACACGAUGAAAAGUGAAACAAUCACUAUUUCUGAUACUACCGCUGCUACACUCACUAGCCAACCAACCGUGGAAGUAACGUCACAUAAACUUACUACUGAAAUGUUUUCAAAAGAAUUAGAUUUUAAACAAAGAACAGAAGAUCCUAGUUUUACAAGCAGUACUGCUUUAUCCACUGAAGGUAGUGGCAUACCAUCAUCCCUAAAGACUCAGUUCCUUACUACAUUAGCAUCCCUUAAGGGAACAACCGACUUGUGGUCAACAGCCGAGGAAACAACGCCGAUUGUUACUAGCUCUCCCAUCGGAAAUCUUGGUAGAUCUCCAGGAGCAAUCAAACAAAAGGGCACCACUGAUACAACUGUUACGACUGCGAAACUAGUGUCCAAUUAUCCUUUCGAUAUGACUGAAGGUUCAACACAAUCGAUGACCAGGGCAAGUGACCAAAUGUCUACUUCUAGUGUUAUCAGUACUACGUCCAGCCAGGAGAUACGUACGGCUGUAACUCCUACGACUACAGAAAAUAUAGUUUCAAGAAAAACAGAAAGACCUUUUUCUAUAUAUACUAAUACAAUUGGUGAUAUGACAGGGAUGGAGCAGACAACAAAAUACACUGAACUAUUCGAAACAACUUUUGAAGGUAGUGGAAUGUCACCCUCCCCAACGAUUGAAAUUUUAUCGACAACAUUUAUGACUGAAAAGGAAACAAUGACUACAGAUGUCUCAACAUCUCCAGUGAUGGAUAGGGGCCUUCCUAGACCUCCAGGGUUAAUCAGAAAAAAUGACACAUCUGACAUCGCUUUAACCGAAAAAAUGGUGACCAGAUAUUUGUCAGAACAAACAGAACAGUAUGUUACCGACCACACUUUAGUUGGAUCGACAUCUGAGACAAGUGGUCAAAUGACUACUUCUAGUGGAUUCAGUACUGCAUACCAACAUGAAAUACGGACAGAUGUAACUCCUACAUCUUCAAAAGAGAUAAGAUCGGAAAUGACUGAAGAACCUAGUUAUCUACGAACUUCUAUCACUGGCGAAACGGCAGACCCAGAGCAAACAAUGACGAUUGAGGAAUCAUUUCAAACAACUAUGGAGGGAAGUGGAAUGUCACCAACAAUUGAAUAUCUGUCUACUGUAUUUAUUACAGAAAUGGAUAAGUCUGAAGACGCAGCUGCUACUACAGAUGGAAUAAAAGUCACAGAAUCUUUGAAGGAAGUAGAUUCUACAACAUCAACAAUUACCCAAGAAGGAACAAUCUCUUCUUUUAAAACUUCUCAUAGCACAGAUGCUUCAAACACACCAGAUGGGGAUGUCGUUACUCGUAGACAGCCGGUACAAAUUAAGCGUAACGAGACAACUACCGACCCCAAAACUGAUUCUUCGGAGCUGCAAGUGAUGUCGUCUACGUCCCCUACACAGACUGCCAUUGCUGAAGUAACAGACCUAGAUGAAAAGGUUACAGCAGAAAUUUUAUUUGAAACAACUGUUGAAGCAAGUGGAACGUCACCAACAAUUGGAUAUCAGUCUACUGUAUUUGUAACAGAAAUGGAUAUAAAGUCUGAAGACGCAGCUGCUACCACAGAUCAAAUCAAAGUCACAGAAUCUAUGAAGGAAGUAGAUUCUACAACAUCAAUAAAUACCGAAGAAGGAACAAUCUCCUCUUUAACAACUUCACAUAGCACAGAUGCUUCAAAAACACCUGAUGGGGAUGUCGUUACUCGCAGACAGCCGGCACAAAUUAAGCGUAACGAGACAACUACCGACCCCAAAACUGACUCUUCGGAGGUGCAAAUGAUGUCGUCUACGUCUCCUACACUGUCUGCCAUUGCUGAAGUAACAGACCUAGAUGAAAAGGUUACAUCAGAAAUUUUAUUUGAAACAACUGUUGAAGGAAGUGGAAUGUCCUCUUCCCCUUUAAAUGAAAUUAUAUCAACAUCAAAAUUAAGUCAAGGGCCUACAGUAGAAAUAGCUACAUUAACUACUCUGCUUGUAACAGAGUCUAUUCCUCCUGUCACCACACAUAAGGAUGAACCUUUACCAUUGGUGUCAGAUAUAGCUAAACGUAAACUCCCUGAACCAAUUAAAAAGAAUCAAACAAAAGUAUCAGAGGAUCCUACAACUCCGUCUACGCAAACAUCUACAAUUCAGCAAAAGACAACUGAUGAAUGGCUUUUUGAAACAACCAUAGAAGGUAGUGGCAUUUCACCACAAAUGGUUGAUGGUGUCUCUACAACAUUCUCUGAUAUCAAAAUGACUGAAAUACCAUCACCGUCUGAUGGAGCAGUACCGACGUCGGUUUUCAAGAAUAAUGAAAGUGUUUCUUCUGUAGAACUUUUGACCACCAAGAGAGAAAUUGAAUCCGAAGGGGCAACACUGAAGCCUUCAUCUAUGACGGUAACACCUAGCUACACUGAAAAACGGGGCGUUCAAGAAUUACAAGGCAGGCAUACUGCAACACAGCCUACCUCCGAAACUCCAAGCAGUGUACAACCUCCAACCCUGACAACUCCUGUAUUGUCAAUUUCAAUCAUCCCUUCGAACCAACCAAGAGAAAUCACGAGUAUACCUACAGGAUCAGAAAAAGAACAACCGAGCUCUACGCUUAAAAGCACCUCAAUACCAUCUACAGCAAGUACAAGCGACAAUGUCACUAAUCAACCCAAUGAAGAAGUAGGAUCUGGAUUUACAAGUGAAAGUAUGAUUUCUACAACAUCAGCAAGAACUGGUCCGACUGCAACAGACAAACGAUCUAGUACAUGGUUUACUAUUGUAAAGGAACUUGAUGCGCAUACCACAGGCAGUACUGCUAUGUCCAGUAAAAGCGAACUACGUACAAGUGACUCGAUAUCAUCAACAAUGCAUACGACAGUGGAAAUAUCUCCAUCAGCUUCGGCAAAAUUGUUCACAUCUAUGAAGGCUAAUAGAGUAGUAACGGAUGAUGAAGAUUCAAAAGUGACUGAGCUGCAGGAACCAAGCACUAAGUCACCAGACCGGUCAUCAGUUACCUCUGGUGUUGGAAGUUCGACGAUCCCCAUGAUUCAAGGGGGUGCUAGCACAGUUUCUCUUACAACUACGUCUCUCCAGCAAGAAGUAAAAAAAGAAAGUACGUUGUCAACAUCAUCGCCAAGAAUUCAUACCACGUUAAAACAAAUAAUUAGAAAUCUUACUGCCAGUGAUAUGAGUACUGCAUCAUCGAAAACAUCUCCAAGUAUUUUGAAGAUUAUUACUUCAAGAACGCCAAACAGAAUUGCACCAGAGGAAACAAAUCAGAACGAUAGCGUAUCAACACCAACAAGUCAAGAAGCUAUCACUCCGUCAAAACAGACUUCUACCCCAAGAACUGCAGUUACUGACAUGAUAUCGGACGGAAUAAACUAUAUAACAAAUUUUACAAUGACAACAUUGGGAGGAAUAUUUUCAACUUCGCAGCCACCAGUAACUUCAUCAUCUACAUCGAAUCAAACGGAAGUAUCACCUACAUCAAAAACGAUGUCAACAUUAAGCAGAAUAAUUGAGGCAAAAUCUUCUCCACAAGGUCAAACAAUGACUACAGCUGAGGUCUUUACAAGUUAUGGGUCAGGAGACGAAAGCACAACCGUAGCAGAUGGUGGCCAAGAGUUUCCUACUUUGUUUACACUUUUGAGGACCAGCCUUGAUGGUCGACAAACAACGCAGUCAAAAUUAACAACUAAACGGACUGAUGGUAUCAGUAUACCAUCGACUCCUCCACCUCCCCCACCCUACCCGCCAAUGAUGACCACUCUUCAACCUCCACCGGUAAACAGGUAUACCUCAACGUCAUCACCAACGACACGAAGCCAAUCAAGUGAAUCAGUUACGAUGUCUUUCACCAGUGCAAGUGAGCUACCCGUUGCGAUAGUAGCCACAUCAGAUGCAGUACCAGAGAGAACGGAAGAGCUAGAUGGAUACAGUGGAAAUAUGGAUGGAGAUUCAAUUGCAGUUCCAGCUUCCGUUCAUCUCAAUCAACCAGCUUUUAUGGCCAGAAUACGAGAAUGUGGCCAGUGUGGGAAGGAAAUAUGUCCUGUAUGUGGUACCGAUGGCUUUACGUAUCAAUCAGAAUGUAAAAUCAACCAGACAGCGUGCUUACGAAGAAAUGCUGAUCUUCGAGUAGCUUAUCAAGGAGAGUGUAUUAAUGGAUUCCUCGACUUAGUUAACGGUGAUAUAACCUGUCAAGAAUUCGAGUGUCCCAUUGCUUACAAUCCUGUAUGUGGAAGCGACAAUCGGACUUACACUAAUAGCUGUGAUCUUCAGAAAAGCACUAUAUGUUCAGAAGGUUCAGCUGGGGUUGAGAAAAUAUCAGAUGGAGUGUGUAAGACAAACUCUUGAAGGAAACUCAUGUUUGAGAUAUUUAUAUGAAAAAUGAUACGAGGUGAUGGGAUUAGUGUUUACUUCGGCUGUGAAGUGGUGGUGUAACAUGCUUAUGUGCAAUGGAUGUGACGUUAUAAAGGUGAUAAGUUAUUUUCCGAUGUCCUUUAAAGUCAUAUCAAAAUGGAUGUUCAUCACAUUGACUGUAGACAAGGGCCAAGUUCUGCUGACAUGUAUAUAGAUUCAUGGAUGAGCAGAGGGCCAUGAGGUGAAGGGGAUUCUUCAAAGUGUUAUCUUUUACUUGACGAAUGAAGUGUACUAAUUUGUCUAUACUUUAUGAGGGAGAAACAACUGGAAUCUCUGACAUGCUUAGUGAGAAAGAAAUACCCGACUUAUGUUAUUUUUUUACCUAUUCUAUUGCAUGCAAACACUUGCACGCAUUAGAACAACAGUGAAGCUUAAGAAAAAUCAUGAGAAACAAAUAAGAUGAACGAAUAAUUUGCAAAGAUUGCAAAAUAAGAGGAAAAAACUCUUUUUUCAUAUUUGGCCAAUUUGUAAAAUACCCUGAUUUUAAUAUAUAUAUAUAAUCAUUAAGUCAAAUUGAUAUGAUAUUUACCUUUAUAUUUGUGACUUUUUGCAUGUAAAAGCACAAAAAAUCCUGGCAAUGAUAAUCAUGAUCAACAAACAUUUUGUUUUCAGCUUGUAGAUAUGAAAGCUCAAGAAGCGUUCACUUUGUAUCUACUGCCUUGAGGUGGGCAGAAGCUGCUAUGUGUGUGUACGUCGUAAUAGUAUGCUGCAUUUUCCUUGAAAACUAUUGCUUCUGUUGUACAUAUUCAUUCAUUGGUGCUUAUGACAUACAAAAAUAUAACUUAUUAUAGACAGGCAAUUAGAAAAGCAAAAUGUAAGAAAUGGACCUGAUGACGAAUAACUGCACUUUUAGAUAUUUUGCAAAAUCUUUUGACAAUUCUGACGUGUUCUAACAUUUGUAGGCUAUUUGUUAUUUAUCUAUCCUCUUGCAUAAUAAAGGAUUGUCAAGAGUGGGUAUCUUAUUGGAGACAAGGUAGUGGAGAGAAAGGGAAAGAGAGAGGGAGAAGGGAAAAGGGAGAGAGAGUGUGAGGGAGGGCAAGGAAGAGAGAGCAAGAGAGUGUGAAGGGAGGGGGGGUUACAAAGGGGACAGGUGGAUAAAGUGAGAAAGUUAUAGUUACUAUGCAGUUGGUAACUAAUAUUUUACUGGUUCUUUAAUCAUGUAAACUUCUUUGUGUCAAUCUAUAUUUGAUUGAAAAAGAAGAAAAAAUGGGAAGAGGAUUGCAACAAACAAAGAUAGUCAUUGUGAGAGUUUAAGAAAUCAUCUGAUGGACUCAUGUAGUUUUUCAAACAGACCCACAAGUGAAUAGGAAAGGGCAAAGAUGAGUUCUGUAGAGAACAUGACAUUGUAUUACUACAAAAAUCUACAAAUUUGUAUGUGCUGAAAGACACCUUGAUAUUGUGAUAUGUGCCUUUUUGAACUUUCAUGUCAUUUAAAACUAUGCAUUCAAUGUAUGCAAGUGAUAUAUGUAGAUUAUAUAAGACUUAACCAUGCAAUACAAAAUAUAAAGAAACCAUAAACCUUUUUAUAUGACACUGUAUUAUGGAUGACUUGUGGUAACAUUAAUUGUAAAUUUUGAAAUCUCCUGUCAAACGACUGUUAAACUAAUGUUGUGUGCUACAGGGGGCAAAUAUUUUCUUUCAUAUUUAUCACUUAUGAUAUGAAAUAUAUCUUCUUUCAAGCACUCAUGACUGUACUAACAAUAUGAGAAGUGCAGAGAGAAAAAAUGUUGAAAUAGUAUACAUGUAUAACAAUAAUUUGUUAUUGAAGCUUUUGUAAAUUAUUUUCAUGAAGUAUAAAGUAAUAAAAUGUUAUUGCUGAAAUAA